AUGGCUGGCAAGUUCCCAUUUGUGUACUUUCUGGUAACGUUGCUUUUAAUUCUCCUCUGCUCUUCAACUAUUCUUCCCCAUGCAGAAGCAGCAAAAACCAAAGAGAAGACGGCAGCAGCGCAUGGCCACAUGAUUGAUGGAAUUAAUCAUUUUACUAAAGCCAGUGUUUCUGGAAGCCGCUCGCUACCUGACAAUCACGAAACCAACAAAAAUGCUUCAGAUUUGCUCCAUUUUAACUUCUCAACGAAGCUUAAGACCGUCCAAAUUCUCCCCAUUUCAUUCUACCCGUUGUGUUAUUCAGCAGCUGCAGUUGAAGCUGAGAGAACUAUCAGAGAAGGCCCUAGACACGACUGGUCCAAAGAUGAGAUCAAUUCCAUUUACGACUCUCCUGUUCUCGAUCUCCUCUUCCAUGGAGCUCAAGUUCACGGACACGCUCAUAACUUUAGGGAGGUGCAGCAGUGCACGCUCCUCUCUAUCAAGACCGGUGGGUGUAGUGGGGAUUGUUCGUAUUGUCCUCAAUCCUCAAGAUACGACACUGGAGUAAAAGCACAAAAGCUAAUCACUAAGGAAACUGUGAUGCAGGCAGCACAGAAAGCAAAGGAGGCUGGCAGCACACGUUUUUGUAUGGGUGCUGCAUGGACAGACACAAUAGGGAGGAAGACCAAUUUCAACAACAUCCUUGAAUAUGUGAAAGAAAUAAGGGAAAUGGGGAUGGAGGUGUGCUAUACAUUAGGAAUGCUGGAGAAGCAGCAGGCUUUAGAACUCAAGAAAGCAGGCCUUACAGGAUAUAACCAUAACCAUGAUACCUCAAAAGAAUAUUAUCCAAAUGUUAUCACUACAAGAAGUUAUGAUGAGUGCAUGGAAACACUUAAACAUGUCUGUGAAGCUGGGAUUAAUGCCUGUUCAGGUGAUUUGGUACUAAAGUUUGAAUUUGGUAUCUUCUUAAAUAUUUUGUAUGUAAAGAUAUUUUAUCUGGACAUGUCAUCUGGAUUAAAUUCGUAGAAUACUGAAAUCCACUUGUGGGGGAAAAUAUGAAAGGGACACUAUUGUAUGAUAAAAUUUCUUAUAUUCCAUUAAUUGGGUUUACAUCA